UAUAUACCCGGCCAGAUGAACAUCCCCACCCAGCGAGCAGGCGCAGAGGGAAGACAAGAAGGGAAGAAAGAGAGCAACCAGCAAUCCAUGGCUACCACCGAGACCGAGACCAAGAGCCAGAGCCAGAGCCAGAAUGGGCAGGUGGGCAGGCAUCAGGAAGUCGGCCACAAGAGCCUCCUCCAGAGCGACGCCCUCUAUCAAUACAUACUGGAGACCAGCGUGUAUCCUCGGGAGCCCGAGUGCAUGAAAGAGCUCCGCGAGAUCACCGCCAAGCACCCCUGGAACAUCAUGACCACCUCCGCCGACGAAGGGCAGUUCCUCAACAUGCUGCUGAAGCUGGUCAACGCCAAGAAGACCAUGGAGAUCGGCGUCUACACCGGCUACUCCCUCCUCGCCACCGCCCUCGCCCUCCCCGAUGACGGCCAGAUCUUGGCGAUGGACAUCAACCGGGAGAACUACGAGCUGGGGCUGCCGGUGAUCGAGAAGGCGGGCGUGGCCCACAAGAUCGACUUCCGCGUCGGCCCCGCCCUGCCGUUGCUGGACGGAUUGGUGGAGGACGAGAAGAACCACGGUUCCUUCGACUUCAUCUUCGUCGACGCCGACAAGGACAACUACCUCAACUACCACAAGCGCCUGCUGGACCUCGUCAAGCCCGGCGGCAUCAUCGCCUACGACAACACCCUCUGGAACGGAACCGUGGUGGCGCCGCCCGACGCCCCCCUCCGCAAGUACGUCCGCUACUACCGGGACUUCGUGCUCGAGCUCAACAAGGCCCUCGCCGCCGACCCCCGCAUCGAGAUCUGCCAGCUCCCGGUCGGCGACGGCGUCACCCUCUGCCGCCGGAUCAAAUAAAUUCCUAUAUUAUUGCUUUUCUUUUCGGAAGAAGAAACUGAACAGAAGACCACCAUCCAUCACAAUUAGUAAUCAUUAUCUCUCUCCGUUUUUUUUUUUUUUUUGUUUGCCCCUCUUUUACUUGUAUUAUGUCUUUAAUUGAAAGCAUGUAAACAUAUAAAGCCACCGCACCGUGGAGCUGUGAAAACGCGUGGAUGGGUGAGCUCAAAUGGUUUGAUGCCCUUUCGAUCUCGAUUAAAUGAAUGGUUAAUGGGGAGCUAGGUUCUCUGUUUUUA